AAAUUGUUCCCAAACCGAAACACCGAAAAUUUUAAACCGAAUCGGACCGAUUAACCAAAUUUUGUUUUGUCAUAUUUGAUCCAUUCUCUACUCUGACGAGACACACUCGGCGAAGCAAUGUCGUCUCUUGCGUUCACGUUAACUCUUCCGUCUCUAGUGUCGGUGAGGAGCACUAAACUCGGACGAAGUGUCAGUAAUGGCGGCCGGAAUUGGUCGGGACUUACGAACUUGUCGGAGAAAUCGAAGACCAAACGAGGAAAUGGUCUCAGCUGCAAGGCGGAGCUGUCGGAGCUAGCUCCAGUCGUCUCUGCUACUUAUGGUGUUCUUCUUCUAGGAGGCGGUCUCUUCGCUUAUAGCAAAUCUGGAAGCAAAGGUUCUCUCUUUGGGGGUUUGACCGGUUCUGUUCUUAUGGCAUCUGCCUACUUCCUUACUAAAUCACCAGAGACCAGAGUUCUCGGCGAUACCAUAGGUCUCGGCGCUGCCUUCCUCUUCUCUUCUGUCUUCGGUUUUCGUUUGGCAUCUUCCCGGAAACCAGUCCCAGCAGGCCCACUACUACUUCUUUCCAUCGGCAUGUUGUCCUUCUUUGUCAUGGCGUAUAUGCACGACAGUUUACCUGUUGUAUCCAUACCCGAUCCAUUACCUCUACCGUAGCUUAGAUGAGAGCAUGAGGUUGUAACCAGAUAGGAAAGCUCUCCCAAAGUAUGAAUCAAGAACAGUUUUGCUUUUGCCCACACACCAAUAAAUUGCAAAGCUUUGUGAGGCUAAUGUGGAGAGAAUAAUGUUUGUUUCAGAUAAAACUAUAAAGAGUUGUUGCUAAA